UUUAGUAUACAUAAUUCUUAUAUUCAUGGACGAAUUUUGAUGAAAACUCCUGGAGAAAGUCAAACAAAGCAAAUUUAUCACUUGGUUUGUAAUGCGAAUGAAACACACGAAAUUCUUUCGCUUUUUGUGGGGGACAAAAACUGGACUGAAAUGAUGGACAACGGAGGCUUUCCUUCUCUCUGGUUAAACGGUCAAAUGCUGUAGAAAUUGAUGGGGAGACUGUAAAAAUUUGAUAGAGCGAUUCCAGGAUUCACAGUUGACUUUCGACAACAGCCCGAGAAGAAUCACUGAAUAGUAUAUUCCCGUUCGGUCAAUUGAAGUUUACACUCGAUCAUGUACAAUUCGGCGACUUUACGUGAGAAUUCUGGUGAUUUAAGGUCAAUUCGAGCAAAGAAGUUUACGUGGACCUUCAACUUUGAGCAACUUUUGGCGCUUGAGAGGGCGUUCUUGUGGGACAAGUAUCCGAAAACUUGGGAGAAACGCAGACUCGCCCUCAACAACGGUUUGUCCUUGGAUGCCGUGAUGACAUGGUUCAACCACCGACGAAAGCUGUAUAAAAAGCGGGAUAAGGAAAUAUGAUUUUAUGCCGAAAAACCCGAAAAGGCAAUAUUUUUAAGAG